AUGACGCACUACGGCCUUCCCUACUUCCUUGAGGACAAGACCGGCUCUUUGGCGGGCUCUGACUUCGUGGACAUCCAUGACCGAAUGCGACUGAGUGUACGCUGUACAGCGCGUGAUGCCCACCGAUGCGCCUUCAUGAUCUAUAAUAUGAACCCUUCCGUGGGCGGUCUGCUCAAGCCUUGUGCUGUUCUGGACUUCGGACCCAAUAAUACACUGGGGACAGUGGCAAUAGGUUCCGGGUGUCAUAUACCCAUGACCCGUUAUCUCACGAAGGUUUCGCCUUUGGGCAGCUCCCGCACGAGAAAAUUCAUUGCGUCUGAUGGCCAAGAGUACCGAUGGAACUGGCGUGCUAGGGAUAACUGCGAAUGGGUCUGCCAGAACGGCAAAAAUUAUAUGGUGGCAUGCUACAAUCUGAAACUCCCCGAAGAGCCGCCCUACAGUGGCUCUUCGGGAUGUAUGCUGACCAUAGAGGAGGCGUACUGCCAUCUCGCUGUCGAGUUCCUGGCGUCGCUAAUGAUCAUGCGAUAUAUCGCCGCAUACGACCUUUAA